UGCCUUUCUCGUUAACAGACACGUUGAAACUCGUGCGUCGCCAUCUUUCCAUCCUCUCUCAGUCUCUGUCUCACUCUGCUUACAGCCGUCUUCAUGUUUCCUUUCCAAUGCCAAAUUACCAAUCUCCUUCCUUUCUUCUCAUCACCCUCUCUCUUUCUUUCUGAGAUUCUGAUAUUACUUCAAGAAAUCUCCAAAAAUCUUCACUGCAGCAGAGUAGAAGGAUGUCCGGCAUGGAUUGGAACGAGAUCGAACAGCUUCCCAAGGCGGAAACAGAGCCCGGCAAGGUGGGUUUGAUCUUGGAUAGGGGAUGGAGGGUGGGGAAGAAGAUCGCCAUCACUGGCGUCGCUAUCUCAUCCGCUCCCAUCGUCCUCCCUCCGCUCAUGUUCUUCUCCGCCUUGGGUUUGGCUUUCGCCGUCCCCUUCGGACUCUUUUUCGCCGGAUAUGUCUGCACCGACAAGAUCAUGCGCUCUCUGCUCUCAUCGCCACCGCCGCCUACUUCAGAAGAUGAGGAAUUGUAUCUGGUCGUGCCUGAGGAGAUGGAAGAAGGCAUUGCUGUCUCUGAGGAGUUGGCAUGGGAGAAGGAGCCGAUCGUGGAAGUGCGGAAAGGGGAUGGUGUUGAUGAUAUGGAAGAUGGUGAGGAAAUCCUAAGGAGAGGAGAUGGUGAUGUGAGGGAAGUCGUCGAAGAACGGAAAAGCGGGUUAGAUGUUACAGCGGCCGAAGAGGAGUAUGAGAAUGAACCAAUCACUGAAGAGGAGAAGGGGAAGGGAGACGAUGUUGAUGAAAUCGAAGAUGGUAAGGAAAUUCGACAGGAUGGAGAAGGAGAGGAUGUGAGGGAAAUCAUUGAAGAUGACAAAAGAAGGUUGGAUGUUGCAGCAGUGGAAAAAGAUGAGGAGUUAGAAUAUGAGAAGGAACAGAUCACAGAUGAGAAGAAGCAAGAGGCGCAUGUUGUUGAUGAAAUUGAAGAUGGAGAGGAAAUUCAGUGGAAUGAAGAAGAGCAGAAUGUAAGGGAGAUUGUUGAAGACGACAAAAGCAGGUUAGAUGUUAGAGCAGUGGGAAAAGAUAAGGAAAAGAUGGAAGAGGAAGAGUUAGAAUCUGAGAAGGAACCGACCAUUGAAGUGAAGAAGCAAAAGACCGAUGAUGUUGAUGAAAUUGAAAUCAGUAAGGAAAUUCAAUGGAAUGGAGAAGGAAACGGAAAAGUAGAAGAAGAGAGCGUGACGGCAAUUAUUGAAGACAAUGAAAGUGGGUUAGAUGCCGGGGAAAUAAAAAACGAUAAGCAAGUUCAAGAAAGAGAAGAUGUAAGCGAAAUGACUCGGGAUGGUGGAGGCAGGCUAGAUGUUGGAAAGAUGAAAGGAGAUGAAGUUCAAGAAGGAGAAGAGAAUGUGAGGGUAAUUGUUGAGGAUGAUGAGAGUGGCUUUGAUGUUAUAGAGAUGAAAAAAGAUGAGAAAGUUCAAGAAGAGAAUGUGAAUCGAUUUGAUGUUGGAGAGAUGAAAAAAGAUGAGAAAGUUGAAGGAGAAGAUGUUGGAGAGAAGAAAAAAGAUGAGAAAGUCGAAGGAGAAGAUGAUGUGAAGGAAAUCACCGAGGAUGAUGAUAGCAGGGUUCCUUCCGAUGUGAUAAUCAGUACUGUCAAAGAAGUAAAUGGGGUUCCCAAGCCAUACACACCUGGAAAUGAUGAGAUUGAUGAGGAUACAGGGCCAAUGACAGUGUCUGGUAGCGUGGCUCCAUUGGAGAAUAAGGUUGAUUCUGACCCAUCUCGUUUACCCUCGGAGUAUUCAUCUGGAGCUAAGGGGAAGUCUUCAGAUCAUGACACCGGCGCAGAAAGGGUGGACUCUAAAGAGCAUUCCGAUGCCUCUUCUAAACCCAACACUGUAGUCGCUUCCGAAACGAAGACCAACGGGUCUUCCCCUGAUGAGGGCCUUUACACAGAGGUGGAGAUAUGGGAACAGAUAGAUGCGAUGAGAACAAUUGUGGGCUACAGUGCUGUUUUACAUGCGUCGUACAUAGAGGAAAUCAAGGCACUUUAUGUGUUCACCGGGGUGGAGCCACCGGUCACAUUCAAGGACCCAUCCGAUCUUGCAGAAGUCAGCGAUAAGCUUCGGUUCCUCAAAUCUGUGGUGGGAGUGAAAUGAACUUGGUAAGUGAAACUCUACUUGUUUAGAUUUUUAAUAGACUUUGAUCUUUGUAGGGAUUGUGCUUCUGUUUUAGUUGUCUGUUUGUAGAAUGUUUGUAAGUGGUUGUGUUUUAUAGACUCUCUUUGGAUUGA